GGUUUUCUCUUCCGAAGGAGACACUCGAUAGACUCUCUCUCCUAGGGUUUUCUAAUCCCAUCCAUGGAUUUUACCAAGAAGCGCAAGGCCGAUGAUAACGGCUUGGCAUACCCCUUAAACACAGAACACACCAACGCGAUGGGGACGGCGCCGGCGGCCCCAACCGGCGCCUUAUCCCCUGAAGACGUGGAGAAAAUCCUCGAACCCUUCAAGAAGGAGCAGAUCCUCCCUAUCCUACGCGCCGCCAUCCUCCGCCACCCCGAUGUCCUGGAGGCCGUGCGCGCCGUCGCCGACGCGGAUCCCGUCCAGCGUAAACUCUUCGUUCGCGGCCUCGGCUGGGAGACCACCACCGAUAAACUUCGCCAGGUGUUCUCUGCCUACGGCGAACUCGACGAAGCCAACACCAUCGUUAUCACCGAUAAGAGUUCCGGAAAAUCCAAGGGCUACGGAUUCGUCACGUUCAAGCACAUUGACGCUGCCGUCCUUGCUCUGAAGGAGCCGAAUAAGAAGAUCGACGGCCGCAUCACUGUGACUCAUCUCGCAGCCGCCGGCAGUUCAGUUAACUCUCACUCUGCUGAUGUGGCGCUGAGGAAGAUUUAUGUUGGUAAUAUCCCGUUUGAGAUCUCGUCUGAGAGGCUGCUGGCACAUUUCUCUAUGUACGGCGAGAUUGAGGAAGGGCCGUUAGGGUUUGACAAGCAGACUGGGAAAGCCAAGGGUUUUGCGUUUUUCGUUUACAAGACAGAGGAGGGUGCAAAGGCGUCUUUGGUUGAUCCCAUGAAAACCAUUGACGGACAUCAGGUGGUCUGUAAGUUGGCUACAGAUAACAAGAAGCAGAAGCCAAAUACCGGGUCAGCUGGUGGGGUUGUACCUGGACCUGGGAUGCCAGCUUCUGGGCCUAUGCCACCCAGGAAUUACCCAAUGGGAGGCUAUCCAGGAUAUGGGCUGGGCCCAAACAUGCCUCAGCUGUCCAACCAGACUGGAGUAAUGCAUCAGAAUGCAAGUUAUAACACACCGAUCUCUGGUCCCGGGGGACCUGGUGGACAAGGUUAUGUUGGUGGCUAUGGAGGUGUGGCUUCUGGCUAUGAUAGUGUAGGUGUGGCUGGACCUGGGGAUUAUGCUGGACCAAUGGGCAAUACUGGAUCAUACAAAAUGCCACCUAAUAGUAUUGGGAUGCAGGGUUCAGGGGUUUAUCCAGAGAGUGGCAAUUACGGGCCCCAGGCAGGGUACCCACCCCAUCCGAACCAUCAUGCAGGUCCAGGGCCCCGGUUUCCGGCUUAUCAGGGCAUGCCCCCAUAUUGAGUUUUUGACAGCUUCUUGGGAGCAAAUGUUUUAAUGGUUAUGGUGAUUAUUGAUUGCCGACUGUGAAAUCUUUGGUUGAUAAAUGGACUGCUGUAGAUCUUUGGCUGCUUCAAUCUGCUACUAUGUGGUUACCUUAAUGAGCAGUAUAUGUGCUAGAAUGAGAUCAGAAAUGAUACCUUUUAGACAUCGAACCUGAUUUUUCCCUUUUUUUAUGUUCAAGCUUCAUUUUAUCUAAUUUCCAGUAUUUCUAGGUGAUUGUAAUUGCUACUUCUAUUGUUUUUCUACUGGUUGUUGAAUGUUGAACGUCCUUUAUAUUCUACAUACCUUUGUUACCUGUGGUGUCCUGUAGUAUGCGUAUAUUUUUGUCCUUUAUUUGUCACGGUGCAACUUUGGCUUAUAAAACAUUUUGGCAGAUAUGCCGGUUUAUUGUAUUCCUUUAUUUUUGCUCAAUGCAUAUUGCUUAUCAACUGGAUUGGAAAUAUGUGUGACCCUAUCCUGUGUAAUUUACAGUUCACUGGAAUUGGAUUCCAUAUUCACCAUGAAGAUUUUUUUAGGAGAUUAAGUUCAUUGUGGUAUCCUGAAGGCACAAUUGAAUAUGAAACAUCUUUAGUAUCAUUCUAUAACAGAAAACAAUUGUUUUCCAAAAUUGUUAUUGGAUUUACGAUAUCUCAGGAAGUAUUUGCUCACUCAGUGACAUUUAGAUGUUUCACAAAUGAGAACUUGUUAAUGCUACACCUUUUCCGAUAGGCGAUUUGCAUUCUUUUAAACUACAAAUCAUUGUCAGCUUUCAUCAUUACAUCCCGAGCAUCCAUUCGCUCUUAAAACUGAUAAUUCUUCCCUUAAAAUUGAGAACAAAAUUUUCAAACUAGAAGUACACCCUGUCUCACCAUAAGUUCUUUUAUUCUUGCUGUGUUACAUUUAUUGUUAAGUAUUGUGUAGUGCUUUCUGUGGUUUUCUGGGCUCUGUCGAUUCUAUUAACUAAAAUCCGAGUUCUCUUGUCUUUCUUAAUUAUUAUUUUAUUGUUUUUGUGGGAAAAAAUGUAACUAAAAUCAGAGUUCUCUAAUAUUAUGCGUAGAGUUAAGAAAUCUUCCCUCGGUGUCUGGAUGCAGUUUUAACAAAUUGUUGUCAGCCUGUGGUCUGUGCUCAGGCAUUAUGUGUAGUGUUAAAAGUUAUCAUUGCUUGUGAAUCUGGAGACACAUUUCAAGAAAUUGGUGAUCCGGUCCAGUUGGUGUGGCAGUGUUCCUUUUUCUGGUUGCUGAAAACAUUUCAAAUCUGUCCCAUCACUUUAUGUGGAAAGAGUUUGUUUUGGUGCUUUGAUAUGGAAGUUUGUGUUGUUUCACCCUGGAAACUGAGAAUUAUGGUGAAACAUAUGAACACUUGUUUGUUUGGUUGGUGACCCCCUGAUAUUUAUGUUAAGUUGCAUGCUGAAUGAUUUUGAUUUAACAACUUUCUGAGAAAAACAGUUUUGGUGUUGGCAUUUUUUUCCAUAUCAUGUACUGGCGUUGUUAGUUUCAUUUUUUCUCGAACCAGUUCUGGACUAGUGUUGUGAUAUUCUUAACUGGGUAGUCUAGUAUUAUCUGACCACGAUUUAACUGAGCAUUUCUAGUUUUUGUUUCUGUUGCAAUUGACAAGCUGGUUGAUUAAGCCAUUGUUAUAACCACAGUGUCUUGAGAUAUCAAGAUCUUAUAUUAUAAUAGAAGGCAAUUGCUAGACUUUAUAAUCCAGGGAUAUGUAGUCACUUAAGUUCUGGGGAGAUGCCUUGGUAUAAUGUUGCUGAAAAUGAAGAAUGCUCGUCCAAGAUCCGCUGCCUAACUUCCUUUAUGCAUAUCUGAAAGUUGGGUUUGCCCAUGCGUUGUUGCUUGGACCUUGGAUGUCAAAUGGAUGCGGGCUUUGUAAGCAACUCCGGAGCUUUCUCUUGGGCCAGAAAUGGAUAUGAAAUUUUGUUGAGCACUUUUAGAAGGUGCAGAGGAUGUUCUACUCCUUGGGCAUGUGCUAUACACCGAUAAAUGAAAUGUUCUCUAAGCUCUAUCAAGAUUGACUUGGCCGUUUCUAACUGGGCCAAACACUGUUGAGAAUAAUAUGGUUUGGACCAUCGGGCCAUCCAAGGGCUUGAAAUUGUGUGGUUUUGUGUUUUGUCAUAAAAAUCUAACUGUAUUUUGAGGAGAUUAAUGUAGAUGAUCUUCUUGAUGCAGUUGGAUGAUCGUAAAAAUCCUUUUGUGUGGGAUCUUUUAUAUAUCAUCCCUUUGUAACACACCCCCUUUGAAUUUAAUGAAUUCCAUUUUUUUUUUUUAAUACAGGGUGGGGGUAUGAUUAAAUCACCUCUUCAGUAUAAGACUAAUUAUGGUUCCAAUUUAGGUGUGUUAUUCUUUAGAAAGCCUAUUCUUGAUUGACACAUCGAAUAACG